AUGGAGACAUCACGAAUCAUGCAUGUUGUUUAUCAACAUUUACCAGAGUUUUUGAAAAAAAAAUUGUCUUAUAAAGACCAUUUGUUGUCACAGAAUUUACACAGUCAAUUAUCAAUAUUUGCAUCGAUGACUAAUAUUCCCAAUCAUUAUGAAGAACAUCUGAUCUAUGACACAGAUGGCUGUUUGUUAUUCAUGCAAACAGCUCAGUCAAAUCUUUCUUUAUUUAAUGUUAGCUGUGAUUCACUCAAUUUCGAUGACAACGAAGAUUUUCAUAUGGAAUCGAGAUCAACAACAAUCAACACCAGUAAGCAAUAUACCAGUUCGAUCGAUAUUCAUACGCAAAUCAAGCAAAUGAAUCAUCGAUCAACGAUGGUCUUAUCUGACGAGAUGGAUUCGGCGAGAAAAACGAAUACGUUACAACGUUGGAAAGGAGUUGACCUCUUGAAUGUUUACACUUGA